UCCACCUCACUGCACACAGCAAAGCCCAGAUAAAGAGCCUGCAAGGGGGCUCCCCAGCUUCAGAUCCACACAGCCACCUCCUGAGGGUGGGAGCCAGGAGCAGGCAUCCUGUCCCAAGAGACAGAACCAGUGGUUAAAAGGAAUCAUCCUUAUUAAGCACAUACAAUGCAGAUAUACUUGGUAUUCCUCCUCGUUGGAACAAUCUUCUCCUUUACCAGAUCUCAAGAUGCUGCAGAGGAGGUUCCCACUACCCCAGUAGAGGAAGAAGAAGAUCCCUUUUACAAGAGCCCUGUUAACAGGCUUGCUUCAUCAGCAUCAAAUUUCGGAUAUGACCUUUAUCGUGCACAAGUGAACAAGUUUCCGACUAGCAACAUUUUCAUGUCACCACUAACUAUUGCCAGCGCUCUGUCCGGUAUUUCCCUGGGAGGUGGGCAGAGGACAGAGUCGUUGAUUCAUCGUACCCUCUAUUAUGACCUUCUCAGUGACCCUGAAUUACAUGCCACAUACAAGGAGCUACUGGCAAGCUUCCACUCCGCUGACAAAGGAUUUAAAAGCACAUUCCGAGUUGUGCUAGAAAGAAGGCUCAGGAUGCAGAUGAGUUUUGUAACUCAGAUGGAAAAGUUCUACGGUAACAAGCCAAAAGCUUUGACAGGAAGCACUCGAUUAGAUGUCCAGGAAGCCAACGAUUUUGUACAAAAGCAGACUGAUGGAAAAGUAGUGAAAUUUUUUAAGGAGAUUCCUUCUGGUGUUAGUAUCCUCCUACUUGGAGCUUCAUACUUCAAAGGUCAGUGGGCAUACAAAUUCAAUCCUCGGGAAACCGUCCAGCGUGAUUUCCACAUAGAUGAGCAGAACUCCAUUUCCAUUCCAAUGAUGACGGCCAAGAACCUCCCUGUGAGAUACGGCCUGGACUCGGAUUUCAACUGUAGGAUUGUCCAGCUGCCACUUACUGGUGGGGUCAGCAUCAUGUUUUUCCUGCCCCUCACGGUCACCCAGAACCUCACCUUGAUUGAAGAGGGCCUUACGUCUGAGUUUGUUCAUGAUAUCGAUCGGGCACUACAACCUGUCAUCGUAACCCUCAGUAUUCCAAAACUGAAGAUGAAUUACGAGGCAGAGCUUGGAAGUACAAUGCAGGAAACGAAACUUCAGCCCCUCUUUGCAUCCCCUGACUUCAGCAAGAUCUCCUCCAAGGCAAUAAAGCUAACCCAUGUGGUGCACAAGGUUGCCAUGGAGCUGGGUGAAGAUGGCGCAGACAGUGCACCAAAUGUAGACCCCAGAUCUCGUCCUCACACAACUCUGGAAUAUCAUUUGGACCACCCCUUCCUGUUUGUUCUCCGGUCUGAUGAUAAUGGUGCUCUUCUCUUCAUUGGAAAAGUUUUGGACCCAAAAGGACUUGCUCGUAAAUAACGGCCUAGUGCAGUCCUCAAUUAAUGUUUGACUCUUGCCGGACUGUAACAUAUUGCUUUGCAAUGUAUUUUAGUUCUCUCAACAGUCAGGUUUUUAAAUAUUCCGCUAAAGUUUUCACACCAAGACUUCUGAAACAUCUAGUCUUCCCUCCAACCCAACAAGGUAACCAUGCCAGGUCCCACUGCUUUCUAAAUUUCAAGGUGUGUUAUAAAGUAAACCAAACCACAGAUUAAGUAGUCACUUUAAUUGGCUUUAAAGCAAAUGGGCCACUUUAACUUUCUGUAUAUGAUAGAUGCAGGUCUUAUGCAUGCCAUUAAAAAAUGAGACAGAAAGCCCAUAUCCAGUUGAGAAAACUAUGCCAAAGUUGCAGGGUUGUGUAUGCUGCACAAAGUCUUCUUUUCAAUCACAAAACCUUAAAUGGUGCAUAAAACAGUGUGACCGGAUAUUAGCAAAGAGUCCUACACUUACGAAACGGUGCUAGAGCUUUCACCAAUGUGAUAUUCUUCUCUACCCUAUGCUGAAAAUAGGCCUCAUUUUCUCCAAAUGCUUUACCUUUACUCUUUGUCAUUGGUACUGAUGCCAAAUUGAAUAAAAUAAAGUCACUGUCUGCAUGUGACUUUUCCCUUAGUGUCCCGCUGGUUUGUUUUACUGGUAUUUGUUCGAAGGGAUGAGGCAUCACGCUGUGAUAUUUCUCCACUAUCAGCCAAAACAAUUCAAUCUAAUAAAAGCUGUUUUAUGUGCUGCUCAGGAA